AGCGCGGGAGCGGUGCUUCGUGCCUGCCCGGAAGAGGUGCCGCUCCGCGUUCGUACGAACCCGGCUGGGGAGGGGCUGCUCCCUUCUCUCCUGUCGUUCUAUUUCCUGGUGCCCUCUGUUAUGUCUGACGGCCUUGCGGUGGUUCUCAUUUAGAAGACCACAAUGCUUGCUGUAACCAAACGCUUCAGCCUCAGAAGUGCCCCAGCCACCUCAGACACGGCCUGUGCUGCACCGCACUGUUCACCUCAGCAAAACCGUCACCUCACGGAGCCCCAGAAUCGCUACAGCUGGGGACGGCAGCACCCAGCCCUGCGGCACUGCCCUCAAUGAGCUCUCUGGCACUCUGCGUGUUUUCUGCAGUGGAAGAAAGGAACAGAAGCUGUGGGCCCACGAAGCCUCAGGUGCUGCACCUGAAGGCCCAGCACAGGCCUUGGUCCUCACUGAGGAUCUGCCUUACUCAGCUCCUCCUCUCCACCCUCUACCACACUUCUACCACCCUAACAACUGAAUGAGGCUCUUCCAGCUGUAACAUUCUCAUCUGUACCACCUGUCCCUCAGGCAGGGCACUGCAGGAGAUGAUGUUUUGCAUAAAUGUUCCAUUUAAUCCUCAGAACUUCAUUAGCCCCAAAUGGAGAUGCUCCUGGCUGCUCACCAUCUCGCAGCUCCUGUUGGAACAUACAGCAGUAAGUGACAAGAGCACAUGAAAGUCCUCAGCCCAUUUGAACCAACUGACUUUUCAUCCUAUCAGCAAGAAAAGCAUUUCUACCCUUGCAAUGCACACAGAGCAGUUCUCAGAACAGCUCCACUUGGUGCAGGCACUGCCGGUGGGGAUGGAGGGUUAGCCCAGCAUGGUCUGCUUCUGAGCCACGGUAUGCAGAAAAAAAUCAUACUGUGUUGGUUUUUAGUAUUUUUUUUCUCAGCAUUUCCUCAGGAGCAGCAUCUCCUGGGUGCCUGGGCAUGCUGCUACCUUCAGUACCACUAAGUCAGAUGGAUGCACUGAAUUCAGCCACCUCAGGUGACAGAAGCAGACCUUUAAGCACAGCAGAGCAAGGGGUGCCCCAGGAGUGGUUGCUGUGGUUGGUUCUACGUUUGUUCAGUGCCAGCUGACAAAAACAAAGAAACAGGUGGGAAAAAAAAGAAAGAAAAAAAAAAAAAAAAGCAGAAGGUGAUCUUUGUGGGAAUAUAGAACUGAUCACUGAUCUCAGCAGUUGGCAUGGAGUGGGGAGUUUCCAAGCCAGGGCUGCUCACAGCUGUGUUAGCUGCAGAUAAGGCAACAAACUCAAGCUGGAGGCCAACAAAAAGCCCUCAGGCUAUAGAAGUCAUCCUGCCAGGGCGCAUCAAAGUACAGGUCGGGCUGUGCUUCUGGAUGUGCUGCGGGGAAAACGUUUCUGUCCUGUGAACCGACAGAAGAGCAGACCUCCGGCCGGGCGGGGGCGGCCGAGCGCCGCGCACCGCACCGGGGGCAUCUCAGCCGGCCCGCAAUGGGGCAAAAUCCUUCGGGAUUAUGGGCAAACUCUCACGUUCCCACUAUUGUGAAGCCUGUGGGCUUCCAAGGGCAGCUGUGCUCCGUGUCACCGCCUCCCGUCCCGGCUCUGCAGCACAGACAGCCCCAAAUAGUGGGAGCACUGCCCUCACCCUCUGGGCCAUGGGUCUGUCCUGUCUGCAGGUCCGAUUGUGUCACUUAGGCCAUUUCCUUUCCCUGCCAUUUACAAUGAAAAUGCAAUCUUACUCUUCUGGCAUCAGCAGAGCACGUUGGUGCACAGAGAAGUGGCCUCAGUGGCACAGAGAGAAGGAUUUGUGCUGUGGAUGGGGCCCCAUGGCUCACAUAGCAGUUCCCCGUGUGUGACAGCUCUACCUAAAUUGUCUGCCUUCUGACUCUUUUCCUUCCCUUCCUCUUCCAUUUGCUCAUAGAAAUCAGGAGAAGAUCCUGGAGGUCUCUCGCCUCAAAACUGCAUGAGCACAGCAGAACCAGGGGGGACUGGGUACAUGUGAGCGUAGCUGUACAAGGUGGCAUGCACAGCCAGAAGCAGGAUGCAGACACAGAGGGGAAGUGGGGAAGGAAAGAACCGCACGCUGACUGAAAGAAUGCAAAAGAGAGCAAGAAAGGAACUGCACUGAUGGGUUUGCAGCACAGGAGAAUAACACAUAAUUAUGUGUGGAGCCCAGAUGAGAGCAGAAGAGAUGUGAAAGAAGAGGGAAGCAGCUGCAGCUGCAGGAGCUGCCCUGGGCUGGAGCUGGGAAGGCCCCAGCCAGAGGAAGAAAGAGGCGAGAGGCCGGGUCCCAGCCCCAGGGACGUCCCAUAGCACACCGUCCUCUUUCUCAGGGUGAAGCAUCCUGCCGUUUACAUCGAGCCACAGUGCUGACGUGGGGGAGAAAUCUGGUGAUAUUCAGGACUAACUGCACUGCACUGUGUAAUGAAGGGUGGAUUUUUGUUUCUUUUCUUUUUUUCUUUUUUGGAUGAAUGCUUUCUUAACAAGAGAAAAACAAGAGCAGUUGGAACGUAGGAAGACAAAACUCUCCCUGCAAGCUCCUGGCUCCAGUUAAGUAUAAUGAUUAAUUGUAAGAUGUAUGAAAAUGCCUCCACAUGCAAUGUGAGCUCCAAGAGCAUGGAAUGCUUCAUGGUGCUCAGCACACAAGCACAGAAGAUCAGCACUGCCACACUUUGUGGCCUCUUUGGGACACUGGGCAUUUUUGAGAACUGUCUGGUGCUUUACCUGAUCUUCUCCUCCCCUGGUACAAGGAGAAAGCCUUCUUACAUCUUCAUCAGCAGCCUGGCCUUGGCAGACCUCUUGGCCAGCAUCAUCUUUGUAAGAAGUUUUGUUAACUUCCAUGUCUUUAAUGAAACCGAUUCUUCUAAAGAAUUGUUCCUGCUGAAGCUGGGAGGGGUGAACACAUCUUUCAUGGCCUCCCUGAGCAGCUUGCUGCUAAUGGCCCUGGACCGCUACAUCUCCAUCAGCUACCCCUCCAAAUACAAGCUGCUUGUGACGAGGAAGAGAGCAUGGACAGCACUAGGGGUGCUCUGGGUGACAUGUGUGGCCACUGCCUUCCUGCCUCUGAUGGGCUGGAACUGCUGUACACUCAACUCAGCCUGUUCCGAGCUGUUCCCUUUUGUGGACAACAAUUAUCUGUCCACUUGGAUCUGUCUUGUCAUGGUCCUGCUGGGGUGUAUAGUCUGUGCUUACGCACGUAUGCUGUGGAGGGCUCACCAGCAUGUGGCAUACAUGGGGAAACACCAGGUGCAUGUGGGAAAGCAGAACACCAGGAUGAGGAUGGACGUCAUGCUGGCCAAGACUCUCGUCAUGGUGCUGACUGUCCUUGUGCUGUGCUGGUUGCCAGCCCUCAUUCUCAUGAUUUACAGCAUCUUUGUAAAUCUGAACAAUCACCUGCGCAAGGUGUUUGCCUUCUGCAGCACGCUCUGCCUGCUCAAUUCCAUGGUGAACCCCAUUAUUUAUGCCCUGAGAAGCAAGGAGCUGUAUUCCUCCCUGAGGAUGCGCCUUUCCCAAUGCAGGAGGCAGUUGAGGACCUCAAAUGACAGCCCAGAAGCAGAGAGUGUUCACAGGUCCUCCAUGAUAGAGACCGUCUGUGAGGACACACAUGUCCUGUAGGGAUGCAGCGCUGGGAAGUCUCGGUCAGCUGGUGGAAUGAGUCUGGAUCAUUUCUCUUUUGGAUUGCUUUUAUUUUCUGUCCUCGUGGAAGUUCUGGGAGGUGACAGAUCAGGUUGUGGAGUCAGCUCCUACUGAUGUUUUCUUAGAUACCGGGACACAAAAUGCCCAGAUCUGUACAGACUACCAUUCCCAGGGCUGCCAAGACCCAGUGCCAUGUCACGUUGUGCCACACACAAGGCAGAGGGUGAUGCCAUACCUCAGAACAGCAAAUCCUGUCUGCCCGCCAGUAGCUACCUGACACUUUUCCUUGCACUCAGUUAUAUCUGUGUCAAAAUGUCAAAAAGUGUUGUCCCAGCCCUUUGCUUGGUACGGGCAGAGUUAUACAAGCACUGUCAGCAAAGCUCUAGCAGCACAUCACUGUGUAUAACAGUACACCUAUUUAAGCCCGCCUUGCAGACUCACAGAAACUUAAUCUCUGCCACACAUUGUUGGAUGUUAUACAAUUAAACAUUAAAGAAAUGUUUCAGCCUUUUCUUCCACUAACCUCUGACAUGCGGAGUCCUUCAGGACAGAGGUUUAAUAGCAGCAAGGGACAGUAAUCCCAAGCAUGGAGGAGGCAAUAGAUUCUUUUGCAAAUCACACAGAAGCAGCAGCUUUGGCUGCAAAACCUUCAGCCCCUUCACCAGGGCCACGGGGCUGCCUCAGGGCCAGGUCUGCCUGCGCUGUCUGGGCACGGGUGCGAGGCCCUUGGAUUCUGCCCUGGCUCACCUGGAACGUGCAGGUGAUGCAACCCAGGAGUGAGGGAUCUCAGGGGAGCCAACCCCUCUGGCUUCCCUUUCUCCUCACAGUGCAGACAGCAGUCACGGACGUGCUGUGGGGCAGAGGCGGAUGGGGAGGGGGAGGGCAUCCUCCGGCCUCGCUGCUGGGCACGCCACGGCCUUGAACUGACAGGCUCCGGGUUAAGAUGGAGGGAGCCUUUGCCUCGCUAGCAAAGGCAGCGCCUGCGCCUUUGCCUCGGU